UCUCAGCUCCUCACUGGGUUUAUUUUAAUCACCUUUCUGUGCAGUUCAACCUGUGGUGGACUCUUUGGGAGACUUUUUCUCUUAUCAGAAGAACCUUUCUGCUGCUCUGUGGGAGUCGCUGCCGAGACCGAUGGAUCUGUCCGACUUUCCCUUCCCUCUCUCCUCAGCCGACGACCUCUAUGACCCCUGCUUCAGCAGCGGCGACCUCAACUUCUUCGACGACCUGGACGCCCGGCUGCUGCACGUCGGCCUUCUGAAGUCUGAGGACCACCUCCACCACCACGUCCCCAGCGCCGAGGAGGAGGUAGAGGAGGAGGACCAGCAUGUGAGGGCCCCCGGGGGCCUCCACCAGGCGGGCCACUGCCUGCUGUGGGCCUGCAAAGCCUGCAAGAGGAAGACGACUCACGCCGACCGGAGGAAAGCGGCCACGAUGAGGGAGAGGAGGCGGCUCAGUAAAGUCAACGACGCCUUCGAGACCCUCAAACGCUGCACGGCCUCCAACCCCAACCAGAGGCUGCCCAAGGUGGAGAUCCUACGCAACGCCAUCUCCUACAUCGAGUCAUUGCAGGCGCUGCUGAGGGCCGGACGAGACGACGGCUUCUACCCACCGCUGGAGCACUACAGCGGGGAGUCAGACGCCUCCAGCCCCGGAUCCAACUGCUCUGAGGGGAUGAUGGAUUUUAUUUCUCCGUGUUCAGCCAGAAGUGAAAACAGUGACGCCUCCUUCUGUAGCCAGACAGCAGAUGACCGCAGCAGCAGUAAGACGUCGCUCAUUUCCAGUUUGGACUGUCUGUCCAGCAUCGUGGAGCGGAUCAGCACCGACCCGGCUGUGGCCCUCGGAGACAGCGUGGUCCCCCGGCCCGGAUCGCCUCACAGCAGCCCUGCAGUCUCCAGUCCACCUGCUGAACCGAACAGCGUCUACGAGCCGCACUGAAGCCAACAGAGACGAAGACUCAAAUUCCACAGAGACAGACUUAAACCUCCAUUUUGACGGAGGAGAGUGAAGAUGGCAUCAUGAAGAAACACUGUAAUAUUCCUGUUUUCUGCAGUAAGUCGCUGAAAUGAGACUUACACUUGUUCAUAAUACUGCCUUUUCUCCUAAAGUUUGAGUCGAGUUUCUUCAGGUUUUCUCCUCCUGGAUGAACUGAAGGCUGCAGAAUUCUACCAGAGGACCUUUUCCAGACUGAUUUCUGCUGAUAAUAACUGAGGACCACUUGGUGCCGCCUGCAGUAAGAGCUGACUGUUCAUAAAAUGUGAAACAAUACAUUCAAAGGAUGCUCAGAUUGUUGUGUAAUAUGUUUCUAUAUUA